UCGUGUGUGCACAUUGUUAGUUUUUCUUAUGAAUUAUAAAUAAAGCAGUACGUUAUCUGCUAUAGCAAGAAUGUUUUCACUUUGGAUGAAUCAAGGACUGAUUUUAAUGGUAAAAAUGCACCUACUUGUCGGAUUUUUUCCGGAUUUUCAAGCCAAGGAAAACAUAAACUGGGUUGAUGUCAUGAUCAAGGUAUCUACGAACAGAGGCAGAAUUCUGAGGUCCACUGCCUUGCCCAGACAAUUGCUCGUAAGCUUAAACAUGAGCACUGAUCAGCUGAUCACAUUUGAUCUGAAAGAAAAUGGGGAAAUCAACUCGAAUAUACCAAUUUAUACAACAGACACGGAUGGGAAAAUAAGGGUGCAACAGCCUGCAUCAUUAGAAAAUGUGAAAUACUAUCAAGAUCAGAAGCACAGCGCUUCUUUUAUGAUAGAAACAAACUACUCUUCGUCAUGCAUGGUUGCAACAUUUUUAUAUCAAAACAACGAGUACAUGAUGAGACCAGAGCACUGCGUGUCUGAUAUAGGAAAAGACAUGAAGUUCCAAUUAGCUAAACUAAACAGAACUCAUAUAUUGCACAGCCAACCUCUCAAGACCGAUAGUCGCCAACAAAUGUUCUCUUCUAACCAACUUGAAAGACACAAACGAGCGAGUACGGACUACAAGAUAGAAAUGUUCUUCAUCAUAGACUACUCAAUCUACAACUAUUGGUAUAUACGUAGUGAAGCAACGACCGCCAGUGGCAAAGACAAGGAGGCCAAAAACAGCAUUAUACAGUUCUACUCCUUCGUUGUAAAUGGGAUCGAUGUUCGUUAUAAAUCUAUACAAUCGUGGUUCACAAUAUCCAUUUUGUAUUCUGGGAUAUACAUUGCCGAUGCACCAGAGAAAGCACAGUUCAUAGAAAACAAUAAAGAUACGUCAUCUUCCCAAACAAUGGCUGACUCAACCGUCGUUCUUAACGCCGUCACUUCUUGGAUCAAUGGUAUGUCUGGAAUACCGCCACAUGACCAUGCCAUGAUGUUUACCAGGUAUGACUUUACCAACAAGGGAUCUUCUAGCAAUGUGGGACUUGCCUACGUAUCAGGCAUGUGUUCAGACCAGUCGGUAUCGGUGGUGGAAGACCACUUUGAUUUUUCUGUACUUACAUCAGCUGCACAUGAAUUAGGACAUGGACUAGGUGCUCAGCAUGACGGCAGUGGUAAUGCGUGUGACAGCGAUGAUUCUUACAUAAUGUCAGCAGUCAGUAGGCCAGUGCAAAACCAAAAUCCAUGGAAAUUCUCAACAUGCUCUGUCAACUAUUUUACAACCUUUAUAAACAAACUUAACCAAGAAGAUAAAAACUGCAUGACUGUAUUAAGUCCUAGUUAUGACCCUGGAACACUUAAACAGUAUACGUCACUUCCGGGAGAAAUUUAUGAUGCUGAUUCUCACUGUCGACACAUCGUUGGACCAGGUUCUUCGUUUUGUAGGGGUCUUUAUGAUGGUAACUUUUCGAGUAUCUGCACUACACUUUGGUGUCGGAAAACAGACGGAAGUGGUGGUUGUACUUCUGCUGUUGCAGGAAAUGGCCUUCGGUGUGGAAAUAAAAAGUGGUGUAUUUCUGGCAAGUGCAAGUAUGAUGAGUGUGCGCCUCCUGGAGAUGAUGCUUGCUUAUAUGGAGAUGCUAAAGGAGUAGUCACGACUUAUAGCAGUAAAGAAAUCACUUGUUCUUUUGAGGACAUAAGUGAUUAUCCAUCGGUUUGUUAUCACGUAAAAGACAAAUGCUGCCAGCAAUGCAGACACUUCUACACCGGAAUAGCAGGGUGUGAGUAUGGAGACAGAGCUUCUGGUUGUUAUACUCGUAUUUGUCCGGUUAAUCCUUCCGUUUGCUGUGGUACAUGUUAUAGUGGUCCAACACUAACCAAACCCACCCAGAAACCAACAACCAAGUACAAUAACCCUUGCAAAACCACAGUUAUGACAAAUAAGGGUGCAACAAACUGCAUCAUUAGAAAAUGUGAAAUACUAUCAAGAUCAGAAGCACAGCGCUUCUUUAUGAUAGAAACAAACUACUCUUCGUCAUGCAUGGUAUGAUUUAAGCUAUCAAGAGGUAGUCAAAUCAUUAGCAAUAAUAUGUGUUAUUCUUAAGACAAGGUGACCUAAAACGAUGGUCAUGAAAUCGUAAUCUUGAUAUUCGAUGCCACUAAUUUAAUAAGAAAUUAACAAUAAUACAUUGAGUAUAUAGGUUGCAACAUUUUUAUAUCAAAACAACGAGUACAUGAUGAGACCAGAGCACUGCGUGUCUGAUAAUGGAAAAGACAUGAAGUUCAAAUUAGCUAAACUAAACAGAACUCAUAUAUUGCACAGCCAACCUCUCAAGACCGGUAAAAUAAAUCAAAACAUUAAUUAUUGUUUCUUAAUUUAUUACUUUUGUGUCAUUUUGAAAGUGAUUAAAGAUGCACUUUAUUGUGUAGGAUAUUUUUGUAAUAAACUUUUCAGUAGUUUAACAAAUGAUUGUUAUGCUAUCAUAUUACUCUCUAUCAUUCCUAUUCCUAAUUGGCUAUUCCUGAAGUCAAAAUUACUUGACUGACAUCCUGAAAACAAAAUGAUAUCAUACAUAUGUAAUAUGUUCAACUGUUAAGACAAAUCGAUUCUUUUAUCAAGUCGUUUGCCUAACAUUUUAUAUUGAAUUUAUCCAUCCAAAAUAAUUCUAAAUAAAUAUGCAAAGCACAUGAAUACACUAAUGGCUUAUGACAUAAAAAUACAUAUCAACAUAUCUUAUGCAGAUAGUCGCCAACAAAUGUUCUCUUCUAACCAACUCGAAAGACACAUCAUAGACUAUUCAAUCUAUAACUAGUAUGUACUACCAGUAUGCGUUAAGGGAAUAACCACAUUGUACUAAAGGGAUUGCUUUAAAAAUACAAUGAAGCGUAAAUAAAAUAACAAUAGAGCUACUAA